GGGGGGGGGGGGGAUGCCGCGGCGCGGCCCGCGCCAUGUGGUACAUCAUGCAGAGCAUCCAGAGCAAGUACUCGCUGUCCGAGCGCCUUAUCCGCACCAUCGCCGCCAUCCGCUCCUUCCCCCGGGACAACGUGGAGGAUCUCAUCGGCCGGGGCGCCGAUGUGAACUGCCUGCACGGCACCCUCAAACCCCUGCACUGCGCCUGCAUGGUGGCUGAUGCCGACUGCGUGGAGCUCCUGCUGCAAAAAGGAGCUGAGGUGAACGCCCUGGACGGCUACAACCGCACAGCCCUUCACUACGCGGCAGAAAAAGACGAGACCUGCGUGGAGAUUUUGUUGGAGUACGGCGCCAACCCCAACGCCCUGGACGGCAACAAGGACACCCCGCUGCACUGGGCGGCCUUCAAGAACAACGCCGAGUGCGUGCGGGCCCUGCUGGCCAACGGCGCCCUGGUCAACGCCCUGGACUACAACAACGACACCCCCCUGAGCUGGGCGGCCAUGAAGGGCAACCUGGAGAGCGUCAGCGUCCUGCUGGACUUCGGCGCCGAGGCGCGCGUGGUCAACCUCAAGGGCCAGAGCCCCGUCUCGCGCCUGGUGGCGCUGCUGGUGCGGGGCCUGGGCACGGAGCGCGAGGAUUCCUGCCUGGAUUUGCUGCACAGGGCCACGGGACACUUGGAGCUGCGGCAGAACGGGCGGCUGCCCUGGGAGGUGGCGCGGGACCCGCAGCUGUGCCAGCGGCUGUGGCGGCUGUGCGCGGCGCCGGGCUCGCUGCAGGCGCUGUCGCGCUGCGCCGUGCGCCGCUCGCUCGGCCUGCGCUUCCUGCCGCAGGCCGUGCAGCAGCUGCCGCUGCCCGCCUGCCUCAAGGACUACCUGCUGCUGCUCACCUGAGCGGGGCGGCCCCGGCGCUCCCGGCGCGGCCUCCCGCCCGCUCCGCCGCUCGCCACGCUGCUCUCGCUGGGCUUGUUCCCCCUUGGCCACCCGGGACCCCGCUGGCCCCUCAGCACUGCCUCCGUUUCCUCCCUCUGUCCCUUCCAUUUUGUCCUCUCACUUUUGUCCCCUCCACUUCUCCCCCUGUCCUCUCCUUUCACCCUCCUGCAGUGAACAAUAUCCCUCUGAUGGCAAAUUAUAUCCCAGCUAUUGGAUUAA